AUGAAUAUAACUGAAAAAUUAGAACGUGCAUUAUCAGAUAUUGCACCAUUUUUAUGUGAUAUAUUUAUAGAAUAUUCACAUAUUCUUACAAAAAAAUUAUUACCAAGUGGUUUACAUGUACUUAAACAAACAGCAUCUAUUGUUGAACUUGUUAUGUUAUUAUUUAAUGAAGGACGUUUAUUAUCACAUACAAGUAAAGAUCAUGUUGUUAAAGUAGCUAAUGAAGCUGAUUUUAUACUUAAUCGUAUGCGUGCUGAUGAUAUAUGUAAAGCAAGUGAAUUUGAACAAUUAUCAGCACAAACAACAGUUGAACGUAAAUCUGAAGAACAAUUAUAUGAACAUUUUAUAACAGGAGUACGUCAACGACAUCAAGUUAUAGCAUCACAUGAUUUAAGACGACGACAACGUUUAAUACGUAAUCCAAAUGGUUCUAUACAUAGUGAAGCAAAACAAAAAUCAUCAUUUAAUGGUAUUAAUGAUGAUAUAAUAACAUCUGUUAUACAAGAAGAAAAUUUAUUAAAACAACAAAAAAUACAAAAUUUUAAUCAAACAAUAUCAGAUGAUGAUGAAAAAGAUCUUGAUCAAGAUUUUUCAGGACCAAUAUGUUUUUCAACUGAAUGUUUCAUUAAUUUGUGGUACAACUAUUACACAUGGUACUUUAGCUAUGACACAUAA